AUGACACCCUUUGAAGCUGUUUAUGGCAUUCCGCUUCCACGUCUAUUGGCUUAUGUACCAGGUACUUCCCACGUCCAAGCAGUAGAUGAGUAUCUGUGUGACCGAGAUGCUAUCCUACGUGAGCUGCGACAUAACCUUCUGCUGGCUCAAGAUCGGAUGAAAUGUCAAGCAUACCAACACCGACGCGAGGACUCCUUCCUUGUGGGAGAUUAUGUGUAUUUGAAACUCAAACUAUACAGACAGACCUCUGUGGCUUUUCGUUCCUCCAUGAAGCUCGCCCCACGUUUCUUUGGUCCCUACAAAGUCAUUGCGAAAGUUGGUCCAGUGGCUUAUAAACUGGCUUUGCCUCCUGGUUCUCAAGUUCAUGAUGUGUUUCAUGUCAGUUUAUUAAAGAAGCAUUUGGGACCAAUCACUCCAACGUCCACCCAACUUCCCCCUGUCUCAGAGACUUCGACUAUACUUCCACAACCUGAAGCUAUUUUAAAUCGAUGUGUGAUACGCAAAUGUAAAUACCGCCCAAAAUCUGAAAUCUUGGUGAAGUGGGUCGGUGCACCAGCAGAAGAUGCUACCUGGGAGAAUGAAUGGUGUUUCCACAAGCUAGUUAUCCCGAUUUAUCCUUGUGGACAAGGAUCCUUAAGGGGGGGCGAAUGA